CCACUCUUUAACUUCAUUACCCAUCACUGCAAAUAUCUCCCACAAAAAAAAAAAAAAAAUUGUUUUGCAGAAUGGAUCUCUUCCUCAUCUUGGCUGCGGCCAUAGCCGUGGCCGCCUUCUUCCUUCUCCGCGGCUCGAAGAAAUCCGUCCGGCUCCCUCCGGGUCCGAAGGGGCUUCCGAUCAUCGGAAACCUUCACCAGAUGGAGAAAUUCAAUCCGCAACACUUUCUUUUCCGUCUCUCGAAGCUUUACGGACCGAUCUUCUCCAUGAAGAUCGGCUCGAGACGCCUCGUGGUGAUCUCCUCCGCGGAAUUAUCUAAAGAUCUUCUCAAGACGCAAGACCUCAACUUCACGGCUCGUCCUCUGCUCAAAGGCCAGCAGACGAUGUCGUACCGCGGCCGUGAGCUGGGUUUCGGACAGUACACACCUUAUUACCGCGAGAUGAGGAAGAUGUGCAUGGUCAACCUCUUUAGCCCUAACCGGGUCGCGAGCUUUCGACCCGUCAGAGAGGAAGAGUGUCAGCGUAUGAUGGAUAAGAUCUACAAAGCCUCGGACAGUUCCGGCACCGUGGAUCUCAGCGAACUUCUCAUGUCGUUCACCAACUGCGUCGUGUGCAGACAAGCGUUCGGGAAAAGGUACAACGAGUACGGUAACGAGAUGAAGAGGUUCAUCAACAUCUUGUACGAGACUCAAGCUCUUCUGGGUACGUUUUUCUUCUCCGACCUCUUUCCGUACCUCGGAUUUCUCGAUGACGUCACCGGUCUCAACGCUCGGCUCAAGAGAGCUUUCAAGGAGCUCGACACUUACUUGCAAGAGCUUCUCGAUGAGACGCUCGACCCGAACCGGCCGAAACCCGAGAGGGAAAGCUUUAUCGAUCUUCUGAUGGAAAUCUACAGAGAUCAACCUUUCUCCGUUAAGUUCACUUACGAGAACGUCAAAGCCAUGAUUUUGGACAUAGUUGUUCCGGGAACCGACACAGCUGCUGCGGUCGUGGUUUGGGCAAUGACGUACCUCAUAAAGUACCCUGAAGCCAUGAAGAAAGCUCAAGCCGAGGUCAGAAACUUGAUUGGAGACAGAGGAUACGUAACCGAAGAAGACAUUGCCAAUCUUCCGUACUUAAAAGCCGUAGUGAAAGAGUCUCUCCGCCUCGAGCCCGUGAUCCCGAUCCUUCUCCCCCGUGAAACCAUCGCAGACACGAAGCUCGGUGGCUACGACAUACCCGCGAAGACGAUCGUGCAGGUGAACGCGUGGGCCGUGUCCCGCGACCAAGCCGCGUGGGGAGAGAAUCCGAACGAGUUCGUGCCAGAGAGGUUCAUGGGCGACCACAAGGGCGUGGACUUCAAGGGGCAAGACUUUGAGCUCUUGCCCUUCGGCUCGGGUCGCAGGAUGUGUCCGGCGAUGCACUUGGGCGUCGCCAUGCUCGAGAUCCCCUUCGCCAACCUUCUCUACCGUUUCGACUGGAGCUUGCCCAAAGGAAUGAAGCCUGAGGACAUCAAGAUGGACGUCAUGACUGGCCUCGCAAUGCACAAGAAAGACCACCUCGUUGUUGCCCCGACAAAGCGCUUCUGAAGCGUUCGUGUGUGGGCUCAUGGCCGCNGGGAAAGAGGAGGCGCGUGCUUCCACGCGCCGCCGUGUAGAGGUUUGGAUGGGUUUUGUUUUUUUGGUAGGCAAAGAUGGGUUGUAUAACAAAACGGUGCGGGGGGAAAUGUGUUGUUUCCACUUGGCCACUCUGUGUUUCUGGCCAUGUCUUAUAAUCUUCAUUUUAAUAAUAAGGUACGAAAUCUGGUGUACGUGUGCGUAUCUCGCAAUUUUGGAGCAACAUCUGUCGGGUGUUUUCCUUUU